UGAGUCCCCUUCAGGAUGAGAAGGGUGGGAUAUAAAUGUCGCUAAUAAAUAUAAUAAAUAGAUAACUUAAUCAUUUUAGUCCUCAACUUCUCAAGGUAAUAAUAGGUCAACAGGAGUGAAUCCAUAAAAGAAAAUGAAAAACACUGGUAAGCUAUAGUGUCUGAUGGCUUCUGUUCCGCAUUGGAGGUUUUAAUAUGAACUUUGUAAGAGCUUUCGUUUGUGCUAUUUUUUAUUGUUUGGCCAGUUCAUUCCUCUGGAACAGAGCCUACUUCCCCCAUUCUCUAAAAGUACUGUUCUCCCAAAUUUGGUAGUAAGGGGCCGAGUUCCGAUCUUGUUUGUGUGUGCGUGUGUAUUUGUUUGUUUGUUGACUCACAGUGCUCCCAUGAAUUUUACAGGAUUUUCAUAGGCAAGGACAACUUAGAGGUGGUUUUGCCAUUGACUUCCUCUGAUUAUACAUACUGCACCUAGUUUAGAUAAUUCCCUCAUCCAGGUACUAACCAUGCCUGAAACUAAAGAGAAAAUGGAUUCCCAAAAUCACAAAGACACAAAUCCACUACAAAGAUGUAAACAAUCACAUAAGUAAAUAUUUUUUGCAACUUAUAUACAACAACAAUGAACAUAUACAGAGAACAUAAGAUGUUAUAUACACUCUCUCUUGGCUACAAUCAAUCCCUGUGUAUAUAACAGUCUUAUGUUCUUUGUAUAUGUUCGUUGUUGUGGUAGAAAAGUUGCAAAAAUAUUUACUUCUGAUUGUUUACUAACCAUGCCUGACCAUACUUAGGUGAGAAUGUAUUUGUAUUAGGAGUGUGUGUAUGUGACUAAACCUUCAGGUGUCUUGUUUACUUCUGCUGACCUCAUGGAUUCCAUUGGAUUUUCUAUUAACUUUCAGGAUCAGACAGGAUCUGGAGCCUUCGGGGUGUUCAGACCUGAGGCAGGAAAAAAAAAUCUUGUUUUUCUCCUAAAUAUAAGAGGCCAAGCUGACUUGUUUCGGUUGAAAGGAAGAGACAUGUGUGUGUCAAGAUUGACAUCUAGUUGAAUGCUCACUUCAGCCUAUUCACCAUGGAGCUCGAAUGGGUGUUGAGCAUCUCAUUGGGCAUUUUCCUGGUCCUCAUCUCUGUAUGGACGUGGAGGCACAAGGAGGGGAGGUUUCCACCUGGGCCAAUGCCCUUGCCCUUCUUUGGCAACCUAUUGCAACUGAACCCCAAGGAUAUUCCCAAGUCGUUCCUGGCGCUGAGUCACAAAUAUGGCCCUGUAUUCACACUGUACCUGGGCCCCCGAAGGGUUGUGGUUCUUUGUGGACAUGAGGCAUUGAAGGAAGCUCUGGUGGACCAUGGUGAACAGUUCUGUGGGAGAGGAGAGGUGCCUUCUGUUGAACGGAUGUUCAAAGGUUUUGGAAUUGCUUUGGCCAAUGGGGAGCGCUGGAAGAAGCUCCGUCACUUCUCUCUCCUCACAUUGAAGAAUUUUGGGAUGGGGAAAUGCUCCAUUGAAGAGCGGAUCCAAGAAGAAGCGCAAUUCCUGCUGGAAAAAUUUAGAAAAACCGAAGGUCUGCCCUUUGAUCCCACCUUCCUUCUGAACUGCACAACUUCCAACAUUGUUUGCUCCAUUGUCUUUGGUAAACGUUUUGAGUAUGAAGACAAGACUUUUCUCUCCAUGUUGGAUUUGACAAACAAAAUGUUUGUUGAGUUGAGCACCCCUUGGGCAAAGCUGUAUGAUAUGUAUUCUGGCAUCAUGCAGUACCUUCCUGGGGGGCACAAGCGUGUCUACAACUUCCUACAGGAUCUGAAAGCCUUCAUUGAUGACAGAAUCAGAAUCAACCAAGAGACCUUAGAUCCCAAUAACCCAAGAGACUUUAUUGAUUGCUUCCUCAUCGAGAUGGAGAAGGAAAAGGGAAACCCUUCCACUGAAUUCACAAUGAACAACUUGGUCUUCACAGCAAUCAACUUGUUCACAGCUGGGACAGACACUGUUAGCUUCACCCUAAAAUAUGCAUUCCUCUUGCUGAUGAAAUAUCCAGAAGUGGCAGAGAAAGUCAAGCAAGAAAUUGACAGUGUUGUUGGUCACAAUCGUGUCCCUGCUGUCAAGGACAGGAUAAACAUGCCCUACACAAAUGCUGUCAUCCAUGAGACACAAAGGUUGAUAGAUAUCUUUCCUGUAGGAGUGCCACACAAGGUGACUGCAGACACAGAGUUCCGGGGUUACCUUCUUCCCAAGGACACUAAUAUCAUUGCUGUAUUAGGUUCAGCUUUGCAUGAUCCCAAAUAUUUUAGGGACCCUAAGAUAUUUAACCCAGCACACUUCCUUGAUGAAGAAGGACACUUUAAGAAGAACGAUGCCUUUGUGCCAUUCUCCUCAGGAAAACGUUCCUGUGUAGGAGAAUCUAUGGCUCGCAUGGAGCUCUUCUUGUAUUUGACCACCAUCCUUCAAAGCUUCUCGUUGAAAUCCUCUCUGGCCCCAAAUGAUAUUGACAUCUCUGCUCAACUAAAUGGCUUUUUAAACAUUCCUCCCAUCUUUCAGCUGUGUUUGAUACCACACUAAUCUUGCCAUUUCCCAUCUUGAGGAUCAGGACAGGAAGGGUCUAUUCACAUCAAUUCUAGUACAUAACACAUUGUGCCAUUGUUUGAGUGAUGAUGUAGAAUAAAACAUAUUUUUUCGUAAA